UGGCUUCGGAGCAUGCGCCGUAGCUGCCGUUAAGAGCGCCGGGGUUACGGACGGCCGCUCCGCCUCUCUCCUCGAUGGGCCUCGAGCUCUGAGGUGGGACUGCUGCCUCCGGAAGAUGGGACCAUAGCUUCCCGGUAGGACGCAGGGAGUUAAUAGAAGCCGCUGGUUGACGUGCUGCCCACAUUUCAGGCUGAGUUGCGGUCGAUUGAACACGUGUGUGCUAUUGAGACCCGAGAGCCAGAUUCAAGUCUGUGUGAGUGACUUGGGUCGAUGUUGCAGCAUGAAGGACACUCGAGCUGAGGAUAUAUCUGAGUUCUUUGUCUCAAGAGAAUUUGGAAAUAAAAUGGAAAUAGAAGAAAAGAACGUGCAGAGCAAUAGUGUGGUUGAUGGUAAUUUUGAAGAAGUUUGUCCAGAGAAGAUAAUUAAGUUUAAACCUCCAUUAUACAAACAGCGAUACCAGUUUGUGAGAGAUUUAGUGCGCAGACACGAACCCAAGAAGGUUGCAGACCUGGGAUGUGGUGAUACUGAGCUCCUAAGGCUGCUAAAAAUCUACCCAUGCAUUCAACUGCUUGUUGGAGUAGAUAUUGAUGAGGAAAAAUUACAAUCAAAUGGACAUCAUUUGUCUCCCUAUUUGGGGGAGUUUGUAAAACCCCGGGAUCUGGAUUUGACUGUUACCUUGUAUCAUGGCUCUGUUGUGGAGAGAGACUCUCGCUUGGUUGGAUUUGACUUGAUAACGUGCAUUGAAUUAAUAGAACAUUUGGAUUCAGACCAUCUGGCCAGAUUUCCUGAAGUGGUAUUUGGGUACCUGUCUCCAGUCAUGAUUGUCAUCAGCACACCAAAUUCUGAGUUCAACCCCCUGUUUCCCAUAGUCACCCUAAGAGAUGCAGACCAUAAAUUUGAGUGGAACAGAAUGGAGUUUCAGACCUGGGCUUUACAAGUGGCAAAUCACUACAAUUACUCUGUGGAGUUUACUGGGGUAGGCAAACCGCCAGCUGGUGCUGAGCAUGUUGGAUUCUGCACCCAGAUAGGCGUCUUCCGGAAAAACAGCAGAGAGGCACCAGGGCCCUGUGUUUCAGAGCAGCACGAUCAUCAUGUUUAUAAAGCUGUUUAUACAACCUCCUACCCAAGUUUACAGCAGGAAAGGGUGCUCAAAUUUGAACUGGUCGGGGAAGUGUUGUUCCAAGUGGAACACUUGAGACUUCGGCAUCUGCGAACGCUGCGAGAAGAGAAGAGGGGAGCGGGCACUGUGCCUGUGCCGAAGGACCCAUCUGUGGCCCCCAGCCUGAUGUUGGGAGCACUCUUCACAGAGGCUGAAAAAGCCAGGAUAGAGAAUUCUCCCAAGCCCUUCUGUGAAGGGGGUAGGUUUUUCGUCCCCCUGCAGAGACUCCUUGCUUAUCCCAGACUGCACCGCUUGCCUGUGGAUGAAGAGAGGAUGCGAUCACUUCUUGCUGACUCCGUGUGUUUGAGCAGUGAUGGGUCUGCAGUCACGGUUGACCUGCAUAAUACUUGGGAUUGUGACCCUGAAGAUAAUUGAGCCAUCCAUAUUUCCCAAAGUUCGAAGUCUCAGCAAUAGUUGAACUCACUCAGAACUUAAGCUUUUUUUGGUUAUAGUCCUAUUUAAGUAACAUUUAAAAAGUUUGAACACAAGCCAUUCCUGACUGGUGGAGAUAUGGCUGACAUACAGCCAGAUUGCUCUUUACCUGAGAAAGGUAUUGGGGUUUAACUAAAAGCAGUGUGGUUUUUCAAUUGGAAAUUUUCUUUGAUGUUUUCUCAAGAAUGAAGAAAGAGGAUAUGAUAAUGUUUUGAGUGUACCCGUAUUUUAAUGUUUGAGCCCUAUGUUGAAUGACAUUAAAAAUUCAAAAGUGCGGGCUGGGGAUUUAGCUCAGUGGUUUCAUCACCUGCCUUACAAGCGCAAGGUCCCAAGUUCGAUCCCUGGUACCAAAAAAAAAAAAGUCUACACUUAGGGCCGGGGAUUUAGCUCAGUGGUUCUGGCGCCUGCCUUGCAAGCGCAAGGUCCCAAGUUUGAUCCCCGGUACCAAAAAAACCCCCCAAAAAACAAAAGUGCACACUGUAAUCUCAGCCACUCAAGAAGCUGAGGCAGGAGAACUGCAAAUUGGAGGCCACCUGGUCAGUUUACCAAGACCUUGUCUUAACAAUGUCUGAGGAGGGCUGGGGAUUUAGCUCAGUGGUUUUGCCACCUGCCGCGCAAGCGCGAGGACCCGAGUUCAAUCCCUGGUACCAGAAAAACCCAACAACAAAAUGUCUGGGGAUGUAGCUCAGGGAGUACUUGCCUACCAUGCCUGAGGCCCCGUUUUCAGUUCCCACUAUUGGGAAAAAAAGUGAUCAAAUGCACUUUUUCAACCUUUUCUCAAGGGUUCUGAAUGGCUUUUAAAUAUUUCUAGGAUUCUCCUUUGGGUCAAAUUCUUACCUAUUAUUUAGCCUAAAAAUAUACAAAAAAGAAAUACAGGUAUUUGAAGGGCACAGACGCUUCCUUAUGACAUAACCAUUGUCAACAGUCCAUGGUUUCAUUUCUUUUGUUUUUUUUUGGCAGUGCUGAGUAUUGAACCCAGGACCUUGUACAUGCUAAGCAAGCACUGUACCACUGAACUACAUCCCCAGCCAUGUCUCUUUUUUUGAGCACCUGCUUCUCCAGGAACUUCCUGAUUGGCCUGGGGUGGUAUGAACAUUGGGAGGAAAAAAAAAAAUACAGCUUCGCCCACUGGGGGAGAAAGUGAUUUAAAUGACUUUUCUAAGGCACGGGAGUCCAGGUGACCAACAGGGCACACUUAGAUGUGUGCUUUGCUUACUGUAGUAUACUUGGCAUGCCACCUGAGGGACAGAGAUGGAGAUGUGAUCUCCAGCUACCAUUUUCACAUUCCAUACCAGCAGAAGGGAGAAGUGGCACGAGCCAGCGGCCUGCUCUGGUUGCUGCAGGUUGUAUUCUGAGACCUCAGAAUGAGGUCUUACGGCCAUAUGUAGCAGCAAAAGAAGCUGAGAAGCAGUUUGUAUUCUGGGAGGCCACAUGACCACUUGGUGGCCUUCCAGGGAACAAGAGGAAAAUGGACACUGGCAAAUUGUGCCAUACCUGGGUAUCCUGACUACCUUGAGAUGGGCCCUAGUCAGGGGUGCAGUGUUGCUCUCUGAGCAAGGCCUACAGUGGCCAGUCAGGCUGAAGCUGAAUUUUGAAGGGGUAAUCAUUGGGAAGUAGAUUUGGUGAGGACAGGAGACAAAGGAUUCUGGAAGAAAAGUAUUAAUCAUAUAACCUCUGUUAACCACCUGGUUUCUCCUUAAAUCUCAGACUCCUCCACCUCCAUGUAUCUGUACUGAAUCCUCCCCUCCACUUGUGCUCAAAAGUACAAUGACCUAGAGAUCGGCAUCCCUCCUCAUCCAUCCCAAAGGCCCUGUCCUCAACCUUUCUAGGCCUGUAUACAACUUUCGUCCUAAGGCUCCUUUCUCAUUGUUGCUCUUUUCUAGUGCUGCAUUUUCUAGCCAGGGCCAGCCUUUUAUCUUUCUCCAAAGCUUGAUCACUUGAUCCCCUACCUUUUAAGAAACCUUUAAGGCCUCAGGACUGUGGGGGGCGGGCGCUAAAGCCCCUUGGGUUUCACCUGCGAGGCAAGCACUCUACCAUUGAGCCACACCUCCCGCCUUUGUACCUAUUAAAGUUGUGUUUACUCCUUA